GGGAAGUACCUUUUUCCACGCGACUCGGUGCGUGAGCUGUGAGCCGCCUUUCGCUUUGUCAUUCACAUUGCUGGGCUAUUUAAAACGAAGCUCAAGGGAGGUUCAAGUCCAACUCACGGCAUUUGUUCUCGUUCGGUAUCUUUCACUCCGCGAUAAUGGCUGAGACAGUUGUCCUCAAAGUUGGUAUGACUUGUGAAGGUUGCGUUGGGGCUGUAAAGAGGGUGCUUGGGAAAAUGCAAGGUGUGGAGUCCUUCGACGUUGAUUUGAAGGAGCAGAAGGUGACUGUGAAAGGCAAUGUACAGCCUGAAGCAGUUCUGCAGACUGUGUCCAAGACAGGAAAGAAGACUUCCUUCUGGGAAGCCGAAGCACAAGGUGAAGAUAAACCAAAACCUGCUUCUGCUUAAGCUGUUGCUGUUCCUUGAUGUGUAAAAGUGGCUACGCACUAUGGUUCUAGUAGAAGAAAAGCAGUGGCUAUAGGUUGAUUUGGUGGACUUAGUUUGUGUACUUUGAACUGUUUUAAUGGCCAGUAUUUGAAAGUACUUGAUUGUUAGCCUCUGUUGAUGACAUUCUCUGCAUUGAUUGAAUGGGUUGCCAUAAAACAUUAAAGAUAUGAAUUGGGAAAACCGUA